AAAGUCCUCUCACCUCAUUUCUCUAUUCCGAAAAGGAGAAUCUCAACAGCCGCAAAACGAUGUCGUUGGACUCAUUCAAACAGCUCAAACAGUGUACCAUGAAAAGGACAUCUCGGUCAUUUACAAUGAAAUAAACGACUUGCUUAAGGGGCCAAAAGUGGGGAAGUCGAAAUAGUUGCAAGCUUUGUUUCCCAAAAUACCCCUCAAUUUGCAGUUAGGCUUAGGCGGGUAGGUAAUGAUAAAAUAACAUUUUCACUCCCUCUCAUCGAAUCAGGGAGAGAAGAGAGAGAGUCGAAAACAAACAAACCAACCGAACCAUGACUGUGCCAAACGAUGCAGUUUCCAACGACGAUGACCGCACUGAUGGGUUGAAACUAGGCGGUGGAGGCGGCGGUGAAGCUGAGUUGUUGGAGUUGAGGGUGAGUGAUCGUGUCUGUGUUGGUGCUGGUAGUGGUGAUGGUGAUGGUGGAGGAGAUGGGAGAGUGAAGGGACCAUGGUCACCGGAAGAGGACGUUGUGCUUAGUCGACUCGUGAGUAAGUUCGGAGCAAGGAAUUGGAGCCUGAUCGCCCGGGGGAUUCCUGGAAGGUCUGGAAAGUCAUGCCGACUCCGGUGGUGUAAUCAGCUCGAUCCCUGUGUUAAGCGUAAACCCUUUACUGAGGAAGAAGAUCGUCUUAUUGUUACAGCUCAUGCAAUCCAUGGGAACAAAUGGGCAGCAAUAGCAAGACUUCUGCCAGGUAGAACCGAUAAUGCAAUUAAGAACCACUGGAACUCUACUCUAAAACGCAAAUACCCUGAGUGUGGGAGGUUCAACACUGGCCCUGAGGAGAUGGUGAUUGAUGGCAGCCUUGACAAGAGAAGGUCAUCUUCAGAAGAGACCAUGUCUGUGGAAAUUAUGAAUCCACUUAGGAAUCUUGAAGGAGGAGAUAUUUCAGUCGAGAAUAGACCUUUCCAGUAUGGAAACAGUGCUCAAGUAAAUCAGGGUUGCAUUGAUGAAGCAAAUUAUCAUAACCUUGCUUCUGAAACACCACGUCAUACUAUCAUUUCCCGUCCAGUGGCACGAAUUAGUGCAUUUAGUGUUUAUGAUCCAUUGAAUGGACUGAAACAUUCUUCUGUACCAAGGACAGUGGCGGCUCAUGAGACUUUGUCUCAAGCUUCCAGAUCAGAUUUUGGGUCCUGUAAAUAUUUUCGAGAAAAAUGCAGUGAGCCUAUGACCCCUUUACAAUGUGGCCAUGGUUGCUGUGCAAAUUCAAAUCAAAGUCAAACUCGUAGCUCAUUGUUGGGACCCGAUUUUAUAGAGUAUGACGAGGGACCCUCUUUUCCAAGUAAUGAAUUAAUCUCCAUUGUUACAGAGUUGAACAAUAUAGCAUGGAUGAGAAGUGGUCUUGAGAAUAGUCGGGCUAGGAUGUCUGAUCACACAACAAUUGUAGAAAUCUUUCAAGGGUCAACCUCUACUGCACAAGUUGGAAUGUCCGAACGGAACAGAACUAAGGACCAUUUGCGCUUUGACGAAGGACGUAACAAAUUGAUGGGCAUGAUGACAGAUGCUUUGUCAUCCCAGAUGCAAAGUUUUGCAAUGCCAGCUGAAGUUGAGGGCUUGAGCUAAUACUUUUGACUUGUUCUCAUCCUUUCGAGUUUCAACGCCGGAAGAAAGGUAUAUAAUUCACCGAGUUGUCAUAGUUAUUGGUUGAUAAUACAUGUUUUUUUGUUAAAGGGUUUCCAUUUGGCUGCUAAGAAGAAUCAAAUAAGAGUUUGAUUAUAUUUAGACUUGGCAUGCCAUAGGAGUGAAGCUUAUUCAUGACCAUUGUAAAUGGUUAUGCUUUUACCUAAUUGAACUUUUAUUAUACGUGUUUCUUUAACACUAAGCUUCAAGCUGUAUAUGUUUUUCUUUUAUAUGAUUUUACGUUAUAUUAAA